AUGGUGAAUUUAAGCACAAAGCUACACAAUGGGCUACCCCAGGAACAAGAGUUUCAGUUUACCGAAAUCGCCAUCAAAGUCUUGCUUCUUACUACAGCAUUGGACAGACAUCCAAUGGUGUCGGUUAAUGAGCUGGAGAUGAAAGGCCCCACCCACUGGGAUGAUAUCCAUAACGCCCAUCUCCGCUACAACCGGAAGCUCCAUUGUCUUCGGGGUCAUGGAUACCAGGCUGGAAUGGCACAUGAACAAAGAGAGCAUCCAACUCACAUUCCCGAGGGAAGACAAAUUGAGACCAUCUUACAGGAUCACCACUAUCCUUGUCAUGGAUACCCUCUGCAACAAACGGAGUUCAUCUUCACCAAACAAGUGGACCACACGGGAGACUUUACAAUAGUCAGUGCUGUCUUCGCUCUUGUUGGUAUUUUCUCUUACACAUUUAACAUCGGCACGGACAUCGCUGUAUGUUACUUCCUGCAUCUAGAAGGUUACACUUGGUGGUUCGGACUGACCGUAGCGUUUACUGCCAUUCCGGCUCUCACUGUAAAUGUAUUCAGUCUUCGUUGGUACAUGCACAAGCAGGAAGUGAAAAAGAACCAUUCAACUAUUGUACAUCGACCUAAAAUGUCCAAGCUAGACUGGACAAUACGCAUAUUAUUCCAUGUACUUCUACUAGGACCUGUGAUCAGGUAUACUGACCUCAUUAUCUUCGGACUUCGAAGUAGAAGAGAACGACAACAGAAGCAACGAAGAGCGAGAGAGUGGGACCUCACGUUCCGGAGGACGACAGAAACAGCAAUUGACGACAGUGUUGACUAUCAUCAACUCACUAUUCAAGAAGAUAAGGAUACUGCACUCCUGACCCUUUUAGAGAGCUUAAUGGAGUCCGCGCCUCAGUUAGUUCUGCAAAUCUACAUCUUAGCUGACAGACAGAUGAUUCCUUACGACUUCUGGACAGUUGGCAUCCAAUUGGCGUCGAUAGUUGCCUCGUUGUUCGAGCUAUCCUGGUCCUUGGCAUCAUACCACCGGGCUUUACGGCAGUCAGUGGAGAACAAACGGAAUAUGACUUGGAGCGGAAUGAGUGUUCAGUUUCUGUGGCGGUACUGCACCACGGCGGCCAGGGUGCUGUCCUUGGCGUUAUUUGCUUCCGAAUAUGGGUACUGGAUGUUUCCAGUCUGUAUCGGGCACUGGGGCAUCAUGACAGUGUGGGUGAUGCACCAACAAACCAGCUUCUGUGAUUCGGAGACUGGAGAGAAGCGCCAGUGUGAAGAGUACUUGUUUAACAUGGCGAUUGGAGCAGUCUACCUGUUUUGUUUCCUGAACGUAAAGGACGAACCCACUCGUCUCAAGUACCUAGCCUACUACAUCAUCGUAUUCAUUGAGAACUCAUUAAUGAUUAUCUUGUGGUACCUUCGAACAGAUCCAAGCGUGUGGUACCACCUGCCUGCCCUAAUUUGUGUUUUCCUCAGCUUCAGUUUAGGCAUCACUUUCAUGCUGCUCUUCUACCGUUUUUGCCAUCCUGAAACCAACAUUCCUUAUAGGAAUCGCCCUGCAACUUGUUGCUAAGCCUUGUCUUCAGUCAGUUAUCCCAGCUGAGACAUUGGUAAAAGUGGCCAUUGCUUGUGAUAUUGGCUCUUACAGCCGUUUGCAGAAUGUGCACGUUUACUUACUAUUGUUGUUGUUUGUGCAUCCAUAAUAAAUAUGCUUUAACUCGGAUAUUUUAUUUGACUAU